CUUUUUUGUGAAGGCGCCAUGGCCGCCGAUCAGGAGCAAUUUUAUCAAAUCUUGACGACACUUUUGUCCACGGAUAAUACUACUAGAACGCAAGCCGAGGAGGUGUAUUUGAAUCUACCGAUCGAAACUAAAGUCAGUCACUUAUUGGGGGCUAUACUGAACGCGACUUUGAAUCAUGAGGCCAGGCAGAUGUCCGCAGUUCUCCUACGGAGGGCGUUCUCCAGCGAUUUCAUGGACUUCUACCCGAAGCUGCCGCCGGAGAGUCAAGCCCAGUUGAAAGAGCAAGUGUUGCUGGCCGUCCAACAGGUCGAGACCGAGCAGUUGAGGCACAAGGUGUGCGAAGUGGUGGCCGAAGUCGCCAGGAGUUUGAUCGACGAUGACGGCAACAACCAGUGGCCGGAAUUUUUGCAGUUUCUAUUCCAUUGCGCCAACGAUCAGAAUCCAAUCCUCAAAGAAGCGGCGUUACAAAUGUUCACCAGCGCCCCCGGCGUCUUCGGCAAUCAACAAAACAACUAUUUGGAUCUGAUCAAGCAGAUGCUCUUGCAAAGCCUCCAGCCCACAGAAGUUUACGAAGUCCGUUUUCAAGCCGUGCGAUCCGUGGGAGCUUUUUUGCUAAUCAACGACAAGGAAACGCAAAUUCUAAAGCACUUUAACGACCUGUUGACGCCCAUGUUGCACGUAAUGGCCGAGAGCAUUCAACAGCAAAAAGACGACACUCUGCUGAAAGUUCUCAUCGAUUUGGCCGAGAACGUUCCGAAAUAUUUGAGACCGCAAUUGGUACCGAUCUACGAAAUGUGCAUGAAAGUCUUCGCCGAUAACGGCGCCUUGGACAGUUGGAGACAACUGGCCCUUGAGGUGAUGGUAACUCUGGCUGAAAUGGCGCCGGCCAUGGUACGCAAAAAUGCCGCCAAAUACAUGGAACAAUUAGUUCCGCUUAUUCUUCAAUUCAUGGCCGAUGUUGAAGACGAAGACGAUUGGGCCCAGUCCGAUGAACUCCUAGAUGAAGAUACCGAUUCCAACAGAGUUGUAGCCGAAGCAGCUUUGGAUCGUUUAGCUUGCGGAUUAGGCGGCAAAAUCAUUCUGCCUCUCGUAACGCAAAACAUACCCGCCAUGUUGGCCAGUCCGGAUUGGAAACAACGACAUGCAGCUCUAAUGGCUUUGAGCGCAAUCGGCGAAGGUUGUCACAAGCAAAUGGAAGGAAUGCUGCCGCAGAUUAUGAACGGCGUACCGGGCGUCAUGAACGGUAUCCUUCGUUACCUGCAGGAUCCCCAUCCGAGAGUGAGAUACGCGGCCUGUAACGCAGUAGGUCAAAUGUCCACCGAUUUCGCGCCUACGUUCGAAAAGAAGUUCCACGCCAGCGUCGUGCCGAGUUUACUCAUGCUGCUCGACGAUAAUAACAAUCCCAGGGUGCAAGCUCAUGCAGGAGCCGCUUUGGUGAACUUCGCCGAAGAUUGCCCUAAGCACAUUCUCAACGGUUACUUGGAACCUCUGAUGAGCAAAUUAGAAGGGAUUUUAACGGCUAAAUUCAAAGAAUUGGUGGAGAAGGGCACGAAGCUCGUACUGGAACAGGUCGUUACAACGAUCGCUAGCGUAGCCGAUACCGCCGAACGAGAAUUUAUAAGCUACUACGAUCGCUUGAUGCCUUGCUUAAAAUACAUCAUUCAAAACGCCAACAAAGAGGAGUUGAAACUCUUGAGAGGUAAGGCAAUCGAAUGCGUCACUUUAAUCGGCAUGGCUGUUGGAUCUGAAAAGUUCAGUGCCGACGCAACUGAGGUUAUGGAUAUGCUGUUGAAAACUCACGAUGGCGCUGAAUUACCCGACGACGAUCCACAAACUAGUUAUCUCAUUUCGGCUUGGUCCAGAAUUUGUAAAGUACUCGGUAAAAACUUCGAGCAAUACCUACCAUUGGUGAUGGGACCAGUGAUGAGAACAGCAGCUAUGAAACCGGACGUAGCUCUACUAGACAACGACGAUAUGCAAGGAGUCGAAGGCGACGAGGAUUGGCAAUUCGUCUCCUUGGGAGAACAGAAGAACUUCGGAAUUCGCACAGCAGGUCUCGAAGAUAAAGCCGCCGCUUGCAGUAUGCUGGUGUGUUACGCUCGCGAAUUGAAAGAGAGCUUCUUGAAUUACGCCGAGGAGGUCGUCAAGCUGAUGGUGCCGAUGCUCAAGUUCUAUUUCCACGACGGCGUCCGCAACGCCGCGGCGGAGUCGCUGCCUUGGCUGCUCGAGUGCGCCGUAGGCAAGGGGCCCGCCUACGUCGGGGACAUGUGGAGAUUUAUUUGCCCGGAAUUGUUGAAAGCUAUCGAUACCGAACCGGAAAAUGAGGUGUUGAUGGUGAUGCUCGAUUCAUUAGGAAGAUGUAUUCAAAAAUUAGGACCUAACUACAUUGAUCAAGAGUCCAUGACUGAAAUAUUAAGGAUAGUUGAUAAGUUGAUGAAGGAUCAUUUCGAAAGAGCCAAUGACAGGCAUAAGAAACAUUUGGAUGAAGAUUAUGAUGAGGAAGUUCAAGAGCAACUCGAAGAUGAAGAAUCCGACGAUAUUUACGUCCUGAGUAAAAUAACUGAUGUCAUUCAUUCGUUGUUUUUGGUUUAUAGAGAAAACUUUAUACCGUUCUUUGAUCAAAUCUGUAGUCACUUUGUUAAUCUUUUGUCACCUAACCGCGGUUGGGCCGACAGACAAUGGGGCAUAUGCGUUUUUGAUGACGUUAUCGAAUUCACGGGCCCCGCUUGUGCUAAGUAUCAGGGCUAUUUCCUUCAACCGUUAGCUUUAUACAUAAAAGACAAGAGCACAGAGGUCCGUCAGGCCUCGUGUUACGGCUGGGGCGUACUGGCCCAACAUGGCGGCGAGCAGUUCGCCCGAGAAUUGGCUAAGGCCGUGCCUUUAUUGGCGGAGGUCAUUAGCGAUCCGGAGUCUAGGGAUCCCAGAAAUAUAAACGCUACUGAAAACGCGAUUUCGGCUGUUACUAAAAUUAUGAAAUAUCAGAGUUCUCAAAUUAACUUAGACGAAAUAAUACCGCUUUGGUUCUCUUGGCUUCCUGUAAUCGAAGAUGUGGACGAGUCACCGUACAUUUAUGGUUACAUGUGCGAUUUAAUUGAACAGAAUAACCAACACAUAUUAGGACUAAACAAUUCAAAUAUCCCAAGGAUAAUCAGUAUAAUCGCAGAGGCGUUUUAUCGAGAGGUAAUAGAACCUUCGAAGCCUGAAGGUUUUAGAAUGUUGAAUAUCGUUAGACAAGUUCAAUCGAACGAAACGUUUUUCCAAAGCGUUGUGCAGUCGUUGUCGCCUGAGCUGCAGCAGGCCUUGCAUGUGGCGCUUCAUACAAGUAUACCAGCCACGUCUUAGCUGAGAAUAAAAAUCUAAGUUAUUGUAUUUAAAUUUCAUUUGAUCAAUCAGCUGGUUCUUUAAAUAUUGUGGUUUUUUUCCGCCGCCAGAGAUUUUAACGUAAUUUAAUCACUCAUUUGGAAGUUGUUUGAUUGUUUCCAAUAUUGUGUAUUUAAGGAAAAAAAUUGGCAAAUUUUUAGAGCGAGCAUUUAGAGUUGAAAAUAAAAGUUAUAGCUAUAAAAAUUAUUUUUAUAUUCAUCUGAUGUUAUAUCUCAUCAUUGUUUUUUAUUAUGUAGCGAUUUAAACAAUUUUUUACUGGAAUUUUGUGAUCGACGAGAACCGUUUUAUUUGUCAAUUCCUUUGUCAACUGAUACUGUACAUAGAAUUCAACAAUUAAUUUUGGACUAUAUGUGAUACUUUUUUUUUCAUUAAAAUUAUAAAGUAUUUUUGUCUAAAACUUGUUCUUAGUGUAAUUAUUUAAUCACUAAUGAAGUUACAUGAAUUAUCUCAAUAAAAGCAUUUCCCCGAUA